UUAUCAGAUCCAGGUCAAGCAUUCCGCUUUUCUGUUAGAUCAAAUGGGCAAUGGAUACGAUGCUGUUAUGAAAAAAUGCAAGAAAAAGAAUGAAAUGCGUUUUAUUCUAUGUAUUACAAUUUCGAAUUUAUAAUUUUUGGCUACUGCGCUCGAUUCUCUUAAAAUACUCGAGAUGGAAUCAUUUGUAGAGGGUUGGAAUUUUGUUGCAACACUUGGUGAAGGAGCAUUUGGCGAAGUGAAGUUAGCGAUUAAUCAGGAAACCCAGGAAGCCGUUGCUGUUAAAGUCAUCAAUAUGAAGCAAGUCGCAUGUCCUGAAGAUAUUCGUAAAGAGAUAUGUAUUCAUCGCAUGUUGCAAGAUGUCCAUAUUAUACGUUUUUAUGGAAGUAGAACAGAUGGUGACCAACAAUUCUUGUUUCUUGAAUAUGCAUCAGGUGGUGAGCUUUUUGAUAAAAUAGAGCCUGAUAUUGGAAUGUCUCAAAUGCAAGCCCAAAAGUAUUUCAAACAAUUAUUAGAUGGAGUAGAAUAUCUUCAUUCUAAAGGUGUAACACACAGAGAUUUGAAACCAGAAAAUAUCAUAUUGGACGACAAUGACAAUUUGAAGAUAACUGAUUUUGGACUUGCCACAGUCUUCAGACAUCAAGGAAAAGAGAGAUUACUAGGAAGAUGUUGUGGCAGUCCUCCAUAUGUUGCUCCAGAGGUGUUCUCAAGAAAAGAGUAUUCAGCAGAACCAGCUGACUUGUGGUCUUGUGGCAUCAUAUUGGUUGCAAUGUUGGCUGGAGAAUUGCCAUGGAAUGAACCAUCUUGCAAAUGUGCAGAAUUCAAUGCUUGGUUAUUACAGGACUACCAUUUCACACCUUGGAAUAAAAUCAAUCCACUAGCCUUUGGGUUGCUUUUGAAAAUAUUGUGCGAAAAACCAAAACAUCGUUACACCGUGAAACAAAUAAAAAAUCACAAAUGGUAUUUAAGAAGUUUCAGUAAGAAUAAACAAUCUCCCAACAAGUCUCCCUGUCAGUCCAGACCAUUCAAGAAAGUUUGCACUAACAAUGAAAAAGAAGAUAUUUCCUAUCAAAACGGUCACGUGUCAGCAUCUCAACCCGAAUUUCGUCGUUUUAAUAAAGUGGAUUUAGACAGUACUGGUGACGAAAGAGACUGUGAUGAUGGCAGUAUAUGGUAUUCACAACCUGUUCAUCCAGAUCAUAUGUUGCUAUGCAGUCAGUCUCCAUCCACCCAGACACCACAGACAACCUUCCAAAGAUUGGUAAAGCGAAUGACAAGAUUUACAUCAAAAGUUGACGCAGAAUCUACUCUUAAAAAACUGCGUUUAGUGUUAGAUAAAUUGAGUUAUCAAUUCAAGGUUAAUAAUUCCAAAGUGAUAAGUAUAUUUGCUGUGGACAGAAGAAGAAAUCCAUUGUCAUUUAAAGCUUGUUUAAUGGAAAUGCAUGGUUCUGUGUUGGUUGACUUCCGACUAUCUAAGGGUGAUGGUAUUGAGUUCAAACAUCAAUUUUUGGAAAUGAAGAAAGCUUUGGUUGAUAUCGUUAAAUGAGUGCGUAAGUAAGAUAGAAAAUUUCAUUAUUUGUAUGUAGAAUGAACCCUAUAGGAGUUACGGGUAAUUUAUUGCUUUUUUAUCGAUACACGUUAUGUUGACAAGAACAAAACAAUAGUUAGUGUUAAUUUUUUAAAAGUUUUGUUGUAUUUUCAUACAUUUGAUACACAUCAGCACAUACCUACAGUAAUUAUGUAAACAUUGCACUGUGUUCAAAGGUGUGAAAAACAUGUUUAAUUAAUAAAUGCAUUCGAAAUAUAAAAA